UGUUCCCUCUCUCUCACACACACACACUGAGUAAAACAUUAGGAACACCUCCCUCAGAACAGCCUCAAUUCAUUGGGACAUGGACUCUACAAGGUGUUGAAAGCAUUCCACAGGGAUGCUGGGUGAUGUUGACUCCAGUGCUUCCCACAAGUUGUGUCAAGUUGGCUGGAUGUCCUUUGGUUGGUGGAACAUUCUUGAUACAUACAGGAAACUGUUGAGCGUCAUGGCGGGAGCCAUGUUGAGCAGAGAGAAAUGUAGGAGCAGGUAUCACGUCCUCAACAUUAAGGACAGGGCCCAUGGCACUCAGGUAUCAGAGCUGCUGGAGCAGGUAGAGGAGAUGGUGUCAGGAAACAGAGAGAGAUUCUACAGCAGUCAGACCUACCAGGAGGCAGAGACCCAGGUUAGAGAAAUGGAGGGAAAGAUCCAGAGAGAGAGAAGAGAGAGGAAACAGAGGGAGGAGAGAGAGAUGAGAGAGAGGCUUCAGAAGGAGAUGCAGGAUUCUCUGAUAAAGAUAGAGGGAGUGAUCCAGGAACAUGAGAGAGAUAUCAGAACACUCAGUGAAAGAACCAGUGAACUGGAGAGACAGGUGAAAGAAGAGAGGGAUGAGGAGAAGAUAAUAGAGCUGGAGAGGGAGCUGAAGAGGGAGUCUGAUAGGAGGGAGGAGAUGGAGAGAAAGAUGGAGAGAUUUAGAGAGAAGACAGAGAAUGAGAGGAGGGAGAUGGAGGAGAGACACAGACAGGAGAUAGAGGAGAUGAUGGAGAACUGUGAAGGAGAGGCCAGAGUUGACGCAGAGAGAAACCUGAUGAAGAUAGUCCUACCUGAGUUACAGAGGAACAUCAUGAUCUCACAGACAAAGAUGCAGAGGGAGUUCAGCAGACAGAUGGAGGAGAAGAAUAGACAGAUGGAGGAGAAAGGUGGAGAGGUGGAGAAACUGAGACAGAACUUGAAAGAAGUCAGGGAAGCUCACUCAGUAUUGCAGAAUGGACUGGAACGAGAGGGGAGAGGUCAGAGGGCACUGAUAGGGUUGUUGGGCUGGGUCAGGAGAAACUCAUCAAGUUGGCUUCUCCACAAUCUGAUAUGAGUCACCAUCACCGUCUAUGUGUAGAACCAGACCAGGUCUUCUGUCCACUGUACCGUAGUGAGUGACAGAGAGAAUACAGUAGACGGCACACGUCAAAUGUGUGAUUUAUGACCCUAUUUUAUGGGUCACGUGUGUAUGCCCAUAUAUGGACAUCCUGCAGGACAUCCUGCCUUCUGUUGUCACGCUCUCUAGGGAGUGCCCAUAUAUGUACGUUCUGUCAGGAAGUUCUCAUGCUAUCGAGUGAGUGUUUAUUUAACCAGAUAGUGCAUCUGUUCCUUUGAAGUAAAGCUGUCAUGAUGAUUGAUAUGUAGUGACCUCGUUGAACUGGGGAAUGUGUUUGAACAUUUGAAAGAGUAUGGCCUCCCCUGUUGUAGUGAACUUAGGGCUGUUGUAUAUGACAACAGUAAUGUCCAGGGGUAUUGGACAGCCGCACUAUAAGUAAGCGCUGUCAACACUACAAUCGACCUCAAUAAACCCCAGAACGCUAAAGAAAUGAAACAUGUAUUUUGUGAUCAGUGACACACACGUGAUGACCGUAACAACGGAAGCAGGACCUUGGUUGACCGUAACAACGGAAGCAGGACCUCGGUUGACCGUAACAUUUACAUUACAUUUACAUUUAAGUCAUUUAGCAGACGCUCUUAUCCAGAGCGACUUACAAAUUGGUGCAUUCACCUUAUGAUAUCCAGUGGAACAACCACUUUACAAUAGUGCAUCUAACUCUUUUAAGGGGGGGGGGGGGGGGUAGAAGGAUUACUUUAUC